CGCUUAAAGACCUUCUACUUGGCCGAGUGGGAGAAGGUCCACCAGACCUACCAGGAGGAGGCGGACAAGUGCAAAGCCCACAUGGAGCAACAGGUUUCUGAAACACUUGCCAAAGUGCUUCAGAUACUGAGGCUAUUUUUUUGCCUGUGUAGCUGGAUGAGUUGAAAGCCAGUCAUGAGACUAUGAAGAAAGAACUGGAAGCCAGCCAUGAAGAGAAGGUGGAGAGCCUUAAAGAGCACUACGAACAAUCUUUGGAAGAAAUCAAAAAAUCUCAUGAGCAGGAGAUGCAAGCUCUUGAAAAAACACUAAAAGAUGCAGAAGCAACAUUAUCUAAUCAAAUUGAGGAGCUCACAACAGAGAACAACGUCCUCAAUGAGAGACUAAAAGUAGAAGAGGAUCAAAGAAGGCAGUUUGCUGAGAAAUAUCAGAAGGACUCCCACACCCUGUACCUGGAACAAGAGCUGGACAGUCUGAAAGUGGUGCUGGACAUUAAGAACAAGCAGAUCCACCAACAGGACAAGAAACUCAUGCAAUUGGACAAAUUAAUGGAGAAGAACGUGAAGCUUGACGAAUGUCUUAAGAAGGUCCAGCAAGAAAACGAGGACCUAAAAGCCAGGAUGGACAAGCAUGCUGCUUUAUCGAGGCAACUCUCCACAGAGCAGGCUGCCCUACAGGAGUCUCUGCAGAAGGAGACCAAGGUCAACAAGCGUCUGUCUAUGGAAAAUGAGGAGCUUCUUUGGAAGCUGCAGAACGGAGACCUGAGCAGCCCACGCAAAAUCUCGCCAUCUUCCACCUCCGUCGGUCUCCGUUCCCCUCGCAACUCGGACGUCUUCUCUAGCCUCCCAGUUUCACCCAGAUAACACUGGCCCUCAGCUUCCAGGACACCCCUUGUGAAAGACUGCCACAGAGAGAGAGCUAUAUUAGCUGUGUCAGUGUGAUCCUGGUCACCUGAAGAACACUGAUCCAAAAUGGAUCUUCUCUCAGGUGAAUCUUGUACAGCUGAAUGACUAUAAAGACUGAAGAAAAUAUUGCACAGAAGCACUUAACCAAUGAGGCCACUUUUUUGUACCUUUUGUCUUUCAUGUCUCGUUUUGGUAGAGAGAAAAUCUCAGGGCUUGUACAUAAUUUCUAUUUUUGGCACUGGCAUUCCUUUGCUUUACCUUCAGCAAGUGCUUUCUUUGCCAGAUUGUUCUAUUUUGCAUUAACUGGGAAUGAACAUUUAAUGGUUGUCUUUUGAAUGGAAGGAUGAAAGGUUUUUUAGUGUGUCUUCAGUUUCUAUGCAGAAGAUGAUUGUGCCAUUAGAAUCAAAGGAUGAAUAAAACAAAGAGCUUUACCACUAGCAGCCUUUAAGUCUACCACCAUCACCUAUUUUAACAUGGCUAAUGUCAGCCACUUAUGGAAAUUUCCCAGAAUUUUACUUAACAGCAUAGUAGUAGAAUUUUCUUUUGCAGUAGAUACAAAUACAAAUGAAAGCUUCUUCCAGAUCCUGGAAUGUGAUUCCUAGAGAGAUUCAUCAGUGAUCUGGAAUAAUGUCCAGUUCUUUGCUUCAAAAAGUGCUUAGGGAAUCCAUUCAUUUUUCUCCAGGGUAUUUUGAAUCCACUCAUCCAUGGGUAUUUUCAAUCCACUCAUUUUUGACUUGCCAGAUUAGUUAUUUCUAGUAUUUAUUUAUUUGGAGCCCAUUAACUGAAGGCCCCUAAAUAAUGGGAUAAUGGGUUCUAACCCCCAAGUUUCAGAGCAUUGGCUAGCCCAAUUACUGACUCCUUUUAGCAAAUUAGUAUCUGCCAUUAUGUGAACUGUAUAGUUAAAUAUGAAUACGGGUUUGGAUCUUAUGCAUUCAGUACUGUUGAGCCCCAAAGAGAGUGAUGGCGCCACCUAUAUGACCAUGGGACCAAUAUAAAUGACUGUUUGUGCAUGAUUCAGUGGCCUCAUGAGCACCCCUCACUUUAUGAAACCUCCUACUGCAGUUUUAAGAUCCGACUAUUUCAAAUUCGUAAAUUAAGGUUGUGAGGAGUAAGUAAAGGUGUAAGUGACCUGGAUGAGUUCCCUUGGUUGUGUGUUGCUAAGAUAUUUGUGUGGGUAUUAAAUGUAUUGCUGUGAAGCCGAAAUUCUUUGAAAUAUGCAAUUAAUAAAGUCAUAUGAAAAAG